GAUCUCCAUCUUUAAUUAUGGACUUUGAAAAACAUUUCGCUUUUUCCUCAGCAUAUCCGAGGCAUUUUCUUUUUCAGGCAAACUUUCCACGUCCACUUUUGAUGCAGAAAUCGGAACCCUGGUUUACACUGGAAUCAGGAGAAGCGACGGGAUUUCUCUUCUCUCCACCUGAUUGAUUUAUAAUUUAGGGUUUACUUAAUUGGUUUAAGCGAGGAUUUUUGGUUGUUCAAUGGACUGUUACGGCUGGUUAAAGGUAGGAACCGUCGUCGACGUUCUGCCCGCGGUGGCGAAGGUGAGAAGAGAUGGUCUUCUUGCUCGUCCGAGCUCCUCUCAAACAUUCGGGUUUUCCCGUCCCUUGUAUUUCAAGCGAGUGUUUAGAUUCUGUGAAAGCAACAAUUUUUCCAAUCAUAGACUACCAUCAUUGUUUACCCUGGCAAGGGUGGAGUCUAAUGAGUCCGACUAUAGAAGUUUGGGCACUCCGCUUGAGUUAUACACACCUGAGGGGAAGUUUUUGUGUGAUAUAUUAAAGAAUCAGCCACAUAUUUUUCAAGCUGCUGUUCAAAAGCAGCUGGAGGAGUUGGCUUUUGACAGGGAGAGUGCAUUUGCUCGGUGGGAAAUUAGUCAAGGAUCUUCUGAGUCCAGUCUUCAUGGGAGGAUAGCAAAAAUGAAAGAAAUUGAGUGCCAGCGAGCAGCUGAGGAGGUCAUGUACAUGCUAAUAGUCCACAGCUUCUAUAAGAUCAACGUCCCCAUGGUCCCCAACUUAUCCAAAUGCAUAAGCAACGGUAGGAUUGACAUCUGGUCAUCAAAGGAUCAAGAACUAGGAUCAAUACAUGGAAUUGAGCUUCUGGAUAUGGUGAGAGAACACCUCUCAAACAUUCUCAGACUGCAGGGGAAAUCUGAUUCCACCGGCAACUGGACAACACUUAAGAUUGAGAGGCUACAGCUUGGCCGGCUUUAUGCUGCUUCCAUAAUGUAUGGGUAUUUCCUGAAAUCCGUCAACCUGAGACACUCUCUGGAACUCAGUCUUUCUUCAAACAACGAAGAUCAUUUAUGGGAUCAAAAAAUGCAUGUAUCUCGGCCCCAUUUUUGGAAGCAGGGCCGGGAGAAUGCGGCCACUCUAGGCUGUUUUGCGGACAAAGCUGCUUCCCUGUAUGCUGCUGCACAGGGAAGUAAAGCUGAUAAGCUAAGAGGCUACAUGAUGGGAUUCAAUUCAGCCACUUUAAAGCUAUGCUCAAAGUUGAGAUCUUUUGAGGCUGCAAAUCUAAUUGAGAACCACAGCUGGGCUCUGUUUGGAAAUCCGGAGACCAGUUCCCUUGACAAGGAUGAGGUUGUUACUCUUUUAGUUUCAGGAUUAAAAAGAUUGAUCCUGGAAGCAGUGGCUUUUGGAACUUUCUUGUGGGAUGUGGAAUGGUAUGUGGACUCUAAGUGCCGAUUAAAGGACAACUAAUGAGUGCUAGUUUUGUAAAUGUAUUAGAAUCAAUAAAUUAUAGUUUCCUUGGCCGUGGCUCUUUUGAGAGCGUAGGUCGUCUGUGCAUAUGGAGAAAAAUUUGCGUACGUAAGACUUAAACAGCACUCCGUACGUCAGAGAGGUUAUUCAGAGGGUAUUGAGAGGUUAUAUCCGCGUUAUACCCCAUGUAACC